CGUGCCGCUGAGGUGUAAAAAUCCCCCUUUCCUCUGCGCUGAAACGGCAGCUGGGAGCGCCGCUAUAAGAGGCGUAUUAAAGGCGGAUCAGAGCCGCGUUAGGAGGGAGAAACUGCUGCAGGAGAACAUGUCGUCCUGAGAGGAUUUCUAAACGCUGAGAGCAGCGGCAGGUUCCAGUGGGAUGCGGCUGUGUGAUGGGAGAGGAUGGGCAACAAGCAAACAACCUUCACCGAUGAGCAGCUGGAGGCCUUUCAGGACUGCACCUUCUUCACCAGGAAAGAGAUCCUGAGACUCCACAGCAGAUACCGUGAGCUGGCUCCACAUUUAGUGCCGCUGGAUUACACCAACAACCCCGACAUCAGAGUUCCCCUCGCGCUUAUCGUCGCCAUGCCGGAGCUCAAGGAGAACCCGUUCAGGGACCGGAUCGUGGAGACGUUCUCCGAGGACGGACACGGGAACCUCAGCUUCAACGACUUCGUCGACAUGUUUUCUGCUCUCUGCGAAACUUCUCCCAGAGAACUCAAAACCAUCUACGCCUUCAAGAUCUACGACUUCAACAGGGACAGCUUCAUCUGUAAGGAGGAUCUGAGGAAGACUCUGAACAAGCUGACCAAAGGAGAUUUAACCCCGGAGGAAGUCACGCUGGUCUGUGACAAAUCCAUCGAGGAGGCCGACCUGGACGGAGACUCCAAGCUCUCCUUCUCCGACUUCGAGAACAUGAUCUCGAAGGCUCCGGACUUCCUGAGUAACUUCCACGUACGAAUAUGAGACGAGAGGACAGACGUCUCCCUCAGACUCGCUGGCGGAGACGACCAGAGAAACCUGACAGAAAGUCUGGAGGCUCAGAGGAACCUGUUUGUGCAUCAAGUCUCUGAGACGAGUUAUAAACGUUUGGAGGCGGACGGCGAGCGAUGAUCCAAGACGGGAUCAUUUUAUACCAAGCAGAGCCGGACCUGGGCCACGAUUUCAGAUGGUGUUGUCGAAAGUUCUGUGGUUAUUUUCAACAUUUUUAUUAAUUUCAUUCAAUAUUUUUUUUCACAAUUUUGUUUCUUUU